AUGCCGCAGGAAUGGACGUCUUUAGUGGUGGCGUCAGAGCUCGUGGCAGCCCUGUGUACAUCAUUUUGGCUGGCAACGAAACGCUCCGGACGUGUUGACCGCCGCCCUCUCUUCAGUGGACCCAUCGCGCUCCUACAUCCUCGUGGUUGCUGGUCUCUCCGCGCUUUACUGGCAUUCCGAGCCAGCGCCGCCACUUUCUUCCUGCUGAUUCAGCUCUGGGACGUUUGGCGCUCGGGAGGCCGCUGUUUGGCCUUUUAUACAUCGUGGAAUUUCGUCCUACAAGGUGUAUACUUCUUUGAAGCUGCGAGAUGCACUGGACGCCAAUUGCAGCGCCAAGUCGAUGAGAGAUCGGCAAGUUACAUGGCGCUAAUCGACGGAGACGACGACGGUACUGAUAGCGUCUCGACCAAUCGCAGGAGAGUGGUCCGAGCCAGCGGACAGCAGUGGAUUGACCUCGAGUUACUACUGGACGUGUGUCUUGCUGCCUCGUUACUCAUUUUCACCGUCGUAUGGACGGUGUUGUACCCAUACGCACGCAAGGCGGGACAUCCAGAGAUGAUCCUGAACGCAGUGAGCUACUGCCAGCAUGGUGCCAACGUCUUGCUGCUGCAGACGGACUUCCUCGCUACAAAGCACUUUGUGUCAAAAGAUGCUUUGCCACUAGUCAUGGGCUGGCCUUCAGUGUACGCCGUCUUUGCCUGGAUUGUCCAUGGAACAGUGGCGAAAGGAUUUUGGCCGUACCCAUUCCUUGAGCUCAAUACUCCGUGGGCUCCAUUUUGGUAUGGAGGAUUGAUGGCGGCUCAUAUCAUGGCACUACUGCUGGUUAUGCUGCUGUCAAAGGUAAAGCACAAGGAGCAACAGCGAAUGCCGACAUCACCAAACGCAGUCAAAGCGUGA